UUGUUGUCGCUAGCGGAGCUCGAGUUAAAGAGGUAAAGCCGCUGUAGCAUAAAAACGAAACUUUGUAAUUUCCGACCGUUGUUUGUGAUGGCAGCUCAACUGAAAGACAAAGACGCUUACCAAAGACUGAACUAUCUUUACCAGGCUGCUCAUUGUGUUUUAUCCCAAAAUCCAGAAAAUGUGGAGCUCGCUCGUUUCUACUGCUUCACACAGAGGACAAUUGCUCGGCGUUUAGUCCUCAGACAAGACCCAUCAGUGAAGAGAACAUUAUGCAAGAAGUGCUGCUCAUUGCUUAUUCCGGGUGUGACUGCAACAACAAGACAAAGAAAAAAAAGGGGCAAGACUCGCUUCACUGUGGUGAGGUGUCUGAGCUGUGGGCAGAGCAAGACCUUACUGAACAAUCCAGAUUACUGUCUAUGGGUAGACCGUCCUGAGGCUCAGCUCGAGCAGCAAAAGCAGCCAGGUGACAAACCUCCAAAUCCGGCCACAUCUGCCAAAAGUCAGCUAAAAGAAACCGAGCCUGAUGGGUCACAGUCUUCGAAACCAAGUGCUGCUCAGAGUGCUGCCAGCACGUAGCAGCAACUACCCCCUGUCCAUUAUUCCAGAUUAUUUAUAUAUUUAGCUUUAUUGUUAUUUGCAUACUCACAGACUGACGACAUAUUUUUCAUUAAUUUGGUCAGUCGUUGGCCUUUUGCAGUUGGUAAACAUGUCAUUCCUGAUGCUACCACCAGAUGGUCAUUGUAUGAUAUCAUGCACAUGUAAUUUUGGUUCCAAAGUAAACACUUCUGUCGUUAUUGGAAACGGGACAAGAACUAUAAAAUAUAUCUCAGUGAUGUUUUUUUUUUUAUCAUGUUUUUCACUCAAGCUUCUUAAAUCAAAGGAAACUUCUCUUGACCACUGUUUGUCAAAUUGACAAUCUUUUUUUUCGUGGGGGAAUAAAGAGAACAUUUCACAGUU